AUGGACGUUGAGAAUGAGUCUGUUUACCAUUCCUCUUCACCAUCCUCCACUUCUUCUCAAAAUCAUUCAUCAAGUACUCAAGAAAAGACACCCUUGAGCUCUCGCAAGCGGAAAGCGGGGAGAAAGAAGUUCAAGGAGACACGUCACCCAGUGUAUAGAGGGGUUCGACAAAGAAACGGUAACAAAUGGGUGUGUGAAGUUCGAGAACCAAACAAGAAAUCAAGGAUAUGGCUUGGGACUUACCCUACACCAGAAAUGGCAGCUAGGGCACAUGAUGUGGCUGCCCUAGCACUUAGGGGCAACUCAGCGGUGCUAAAUUUUCCUUAUUCAGUUUCUCUUCUUCCGCUUGCAAAGUCAUCUUCAGCUGCACAUAUAAGAGAAGCUGCAUCAAAAGUUUCAAAGGUUUUUGGACCAACCACUUCUCCUUCAUCUUCUGCCAACCCUUGUUGUGAAGAGGGUGAGAGCCAAGAAAGGGUAGAGGGUGGUGAUGAUCUUGUCAUGACACAAGAUAAUAAGGUUAUUGAUCACGAGUCAAAGCCAGUGUUCUUUGAUGAGGAGGCAUUGUAUAAUAUGCCAGGUUUGUUAGAUAGUAUGGCAGAGGGUUUGCUUAUUACCCCUCCGUCUAUGAAGAGAGCAUUUGAUUGGGACGAUGUUGAUUGUGAAACAGAUCUCCCUCUUUGGACAGAUUAA